GUUGCGAGCGGUUUGGAACGGAGCAGAGCAUCGAGAUCCGGAGGCCGUUGGCUAGCGCUGGACGCUUGCAGAAUGGAGCCCUACCCUGCUCCGUGCCCCGUCUGCCCGGCAUGGUUUGGAAGCAGGUGGGAGCGCAAAACCAGGAAGAAGGCAUCGGCCAACAUCUUCCAAGGCGUGAAUCUGGGACAGAUGCAAGCGCUGUUCAGGAAAAGCGGCGACGAGAACGCCGAGGAGAGAGCCAGGAUCAUCUGGGAGAGAGAAAAGCACGGGGACCAGGACUUUACCCAGGCUCUGAUGGAGCUGAAAUCGAAGAAGACCCAGCUCUUUUUCCAGCACAAUAAAACUGGCGCAGAGUUCUUGGGACUGAUUUGGGUGAAAGCCUUUAACAAACUGCGCAUCAGGGAUGGAGAUUGGGGUUGUGAAUACGAACCCAACGGCGUCGUGGAGCGGUCGCAGAGAAGCAAGAUUAAGCGAAAGCGAUUAAUCACAAAGAGGUCGCUCAGGAACCUGCUGUAAAAUCGGGGACUGUCACUGCGAACUGCUGCAUCAACUCUACGAAAACCACGUUGCAAUAAUUGCGAACUAUUGGGGGAAAAUGAACUUACUGUAUUAAUAUUUCGUUUCCGCUGGGAAACUGUUGUCCAUAUUGCUUUAAUUUUUAUUUAAAAUUCCGAACACUAAAACUGUCUUUUUGAAUCAUUCCGUUUUAUAGAGAAAAAUGUCCUGCGUUUCAAUAAAUUUGUGUCAUUAUUAAAAA